GACCAGAAACCGUGACAGCGUUGGGCUGUUGUUGCAGACGGGCGCGCGGGCCGACGUUCGUGAUAGUGCAGGUCUGAGUCCCCUGCACCGAUGCCAGAACAAAUCCGGCGGUGUCAACGUUGCCCGACUUCUCCUCAAGGAUACGCCCAGCCUGUUGGAUCUCGUUGAUAAUUCGGGAAAGACGGCGCUGUAUAUGGCCUGCGAGAUGGGAAACGAGGUGAUGGUCCGGUUCUUGCUAGGCGAAGGAGCCGACCCCAAUAUUUGCCACCAGACGAGGAGAGCCCAGAAAUACUCUCCCUAUUUGAGCAACAAUAACGUGUGCACUCCAUUGAUUGCCGCGAUCCAGGUUGUCGCAACAAGAAGUUCCCGCAAGAUCGGAAUGAUCGACGUGCUGCUUUCUCACGGAGCCGAUCCUCGUCUGACUGAUGCCAAUGGCAGAAACGCUUUUCAGGCGGCUUCCAAUUCCGGGUUGGCUGGGUCGGAGAUUAAGCGACUUCUUCAACAGUAUUCGCAAACGUCCUCGCGAAAGUCUAGCGAUGCAUCUACGUCCACCAUCUUCACCAGGUCAUCGACUUCGAGUGAACACGCAUCCUAUGGAUCAGGCAGGAGGAGCACUCUCAUGAGGUUGUGGAGCAAGUCAGAGUCAACCCACUCAGGUAUUGGUUCAGUUCCGGAAGGGGAAUAGUCGCGUGUAUAUGUAGUGUAAGUUAUGUUCUCGUCGAGAUACCCCUUCUUUAAAGAUGUAGAUUCGAAUGUUUCAUGGCGAUUUUAUUGGAGUCCCAAAGUUGAGAAGUGAAAAUUAAAUCAAUGAAUGUG